UGUCCUCUUACCAUCCUUUUGAGGAUGAAAUCUAGUAGCUUUAUUAAGGUAUUCUGAUUUUAUAGAAGAAAAAUGAAAACAUAGAAUUUAUUGAUUUACUUGGGCCUUGUUCUCCAGAAAAAUAAAAAAACAACCCAACAAUAUACCUACUCUCAGGUCUUUAGCAUUUUACCAGCCUGAUAAAAAUUUAAAGUUUCUUGUAAAAUAUUUAGAAGAUGAUUAUUUGGGAUACAAUUUGUAGUACAUUCUUUUUACUCAAAUCUAAAUAAGCAAUGACAGUAAAGAUCACAUCUUCAAUAUACAUUUAGAACUAAUUGAUAUUUCACUAAUUGGGGAAGUUAAGCAAGAACUAGUUUAAAGAGACUUUGUUAGAGAUAAAACUGAAGUAAUGAUAUAUAGUGAAAGCUGGUCAGGCAAAUAUCCUGUGCACAAUUAGAAAUAAAGGGCUGAGAGGCAAGGUGAAACACCAGGGCUAGAAAUUUCGGAAUAAUCAAAAGGUAAAAAACUGGUGUGGAUUUCUUGAAAAGGAACAGAACCGAGGACUAGGAUUUUUGUGAAAGCCUUUGAGAUUACCAAGAAUUGAAGAGGCUGCAAGCCAGGAUGGUAAAGAGUCACACACAUCAAUAGAGGAGGCUGUUGGUAUUAAUAGGAGGUUUUUAAAUGCUACUUAAAAUCACAGGCCGAGAAUUGAGAAAGGGCCAGGAUUUGGUUUUUAGUAAUGAUUGGUGACCCCUGUCUCCAAAGACAGUUUUACUGUCAUAAGUAGUCUCCGAGUGAGAACUAUGGGUUAUGCGGGAACUGAGGAAAUGGAAGCAGUGGUAUCUUGGAAAAUUUGUUAAAAUCAGAUGAGCAAGGGUACUAUUUUUAAAAAUUGUCCAAAAAAAAAAAAAAAGGCACAAAAAAGGGAGGCCUGGAAACUGAAAGGAAUAGAGAGAAAAUGGUCCAAAAAAGCCCAAGAGCAAAGGGCUCGGAAGCAAUGCCGUCAGGGAUACAGGUGAGAGAAGCUGACCUCUUACCCUAGGACACUUAGGAGGGAUAGAUAAAUACACUAGAAAGAAGAGGUAAAUCCCAGAAGCAGUUAAGAGCUUACUACGAAGUGAGGAAAGGCCUAGGAGGCAGGAUCAAGUGACUGAUAAAUGUUUGACAACCCCGCUUUCAGGGAAGUGGCCAGUUGGGGCAAAGAGGCACACGACACAUUAAAGCUUAAUAUACGCCAUCAUUCCCUCCCCCACCCCCAUUACUUUCUUAGAAAAUAAAAACUAAUGAAGAGGCCAUGGUUUUGUCGCGUUUAUCAAUUUAGGAGGUGUUCUCACGUUAGUUAACAACUGGCUCUAAGGAGCAGCUUUCUCACCUCCCACCUCUGCAAAGAAAGGAGAUUCCUUCCCCGACCCUCCACAUCCAUGGGCGGAGGGGGGAGAGGCACUGGUAAGGGGGUUCGGCCCCCACAUUGGUUUCUCCCUGUAGGCAUUUCAUUUGAGGCUUAUCUAAGAGGCCCUGCACCCCACGCGUCUGCGACCACACAUUUCCCAGAGAGAAAACGUUUGAAAAUGACAGGGUUCUCAGUCCACUUCAAACCCAGGAGUUAGCGCACGAGAGCAUGCAGUCAACUUGCCUGACUUGUGGUAGUCCCGGGCUGUUUGCUCAUAUGACCCUUCCUAGACUUUUGAUUAUGUCAUCUCAGUGCGCCGCGUUCUAUGCCAAGGUAUUCCUGCUGGAGCAUGCGCACACACGGAGACGCGCUGGCUGACCUGCGGCAGUUCCUUCAGAAAAGUACCAGAAGGACCCAAGAAAUUAACCCCACUUUGCCGAGGUCCUUCUGGAAAAAAAGUAAAGUGGAAGACAUUACCUACUCAGCGACCUCAGGCUUCUCGGUCACCGCAAAGGGGCAGUCGUUUUGUUGGAACAACAACAAAAAAAAUUAUGUAGUCAAAAUGGUCCAUUUUGUCUUUUGUGAACUUCAUUAGCCCUUGUUUGAUCACAAGCUGUUCCUCCGAGCAUAGAUCUUAAAGGCAUAUAUGUAUAUUCAAUAUGCUGACAUUGAAUAAGACAUUGGGAAUGCCUUUUAGGUUGUCCAAAUGGCAAAUACCUGGAUUUUUAAGAAGCUUUACUUUUCAUCCUGGGAAACAAUUUCUUCAUAAACUAGUAUUAGGAAUUGAAACCAGUUGUGAUGAUACAGCAGCUGCUGUGGUGGAUGAAAGUGGUAACAUCCUAGGAGAAGCAAUACACUCCCAAACUGAAGUUCACUUAGAAACAGGUGGGAUUAUACCUUCAGUUGCACAGCGACUUCACAGAGAAAACAUUGAACAAAUAGUGAAAGAAACACUUUCUGCCAGUGGAGUCACUCCAAAUGAACUCUCAGCAAUUGCAACUACUGUAAAACCAGGACUUGCUUUAAGCUUGGGUGUAGGUGUGGCAUAUAGUUUACAACUGGUAAACCAAUAUAAGAAGCCUUUCAUUCCUAUCCAUCACAUGGAAGCACACGCACUUACUAUUAGAUUAACCAAUAAAGUAGAUUUUCCUUUCUUAGUUCUUUUGGUCUCUGGAGGUCACUGUUUACUGGCAGUAGUUCAAGGUGUUUCAGAUUUUCUUCUGCUUGGAAAAUCAUUAGACAUAGCUCCAGGUGACAUGCUUGACAAGGUAGCAAGAAGACUUUCUUUAAUAAAACACCCAGCGUACUCUGCCAUGAGUGGUGGCAAGGCUAUUGAACAUUUAGCCAAACAAGGAAAUAGAUCAUGUUUUGAUUUCCGACAUCCCCUACAUUACUGUAAAAAUUGUGAUUUUUCUUUUUGUGGACUUCAGACUGCUGUUGACAAAAUAAUAACACAAAAGGAAAAAGAGGAAGGUAUUGAGAAGGGGCAGAUCUUGUCCUGUGCUGCUGACAUUGCUGCUUCAGUACAGCACACAGUUGCAAGCCACAUUGCCAAACGAACACAUCGUGCUAUUCUGUUUUGCCAGCAAAGAGGAUUUCUAACACCUUCUAAUGCAAUAUUGGUUGUAUCUGGAGGUGUUGCAAGUAACUUAUAUAUUCGAAGAUCUUUGGAAAUUGUAACAAAAGCAACAAAUUGUAUUUUAUUAUGUCCUCCUCUCAGACUUUGCACCGAUAAUGGGAUUAUGAUUGCAUGGAAUGGUAUUGAGAGAUUAUGUGCAGGACUGGGCAUAUUAUACAACACAGAAGGUCUCCGAUAUGAACCAAAAUGUCCUCUUGGAGUUGAUAUAUCAAAACAAGUUGGAGAAGCUGCUAUAAAAGUACCAAAUUUGAAGAUUUGAUCCUUGAUUUUGAGUAAGAAAAAUUAACUAAAGGUAUUGACUUAUGUUAGUACCAGAUCCUGGAUUUUUGUGUGAUAUAUUCAAGAAGAUGUAAAAUUGUAAAUAUUAAAACUUUUAAAAUAUU